ACAUGUCCUCCCGCCAUUGCAGCCUCCUCGGAAAUCUCUCAGCCAGUAGUUCCAGGCUUCCAGCUCCGCCACCGGAAACCCAACCAACUACUUGCCUGAUUCUGUAGGGUUAGCUCACUCAUGGGAAUGAGUAGCUCUCCGCUGCUGCGGAUAUGGAAAGCACUUCUUCUUCUCCAGUUCGUCACCGGAGCUCUCGGCUGGGGAAAGGAAGGUCACUACGCCGUUUGCAAGAUCGCUGAGGCGUAUCUGAACGAAGACGCGACGGCGGCGGUGAAAGAACUGCUUCCGGAGUAUGCCGACGGCGAUCUGGCGAGUCUUUGCUCUUGGGCGGACACCAUGAAUUUUCGCUAUCACUGGAGUAGCGCUCUCCACUAUGUUGAUACACCGGACUUCUUCUGCAACUAUGAUUUUGCCAGAGAUUGCCAUGACUCGUCGGGGCAUCGAUACGCAUGCGUGACUGCAGCUAUCUACAACUACACUGACCAACUGAAGUCGGAGUACCACAACCCUGGAGCGGUGACUAACUAUAAUCUAACAGAGGCACUGUUGUUCUUAUCACAUUUUGUUGGGGACGUUCAUCAGCCCUUACAUGUUGGUUUUCUGGGGGACUUGGGAGGAAACACAAUCAUAGUUCAUUGGUACACUAGAAAGGCUAAUCUACAUCAUGUGUGGGAUACGAGCAUCAUUGAAUCCGCCAUGAAAGAUUUCUAUAAUUCGGAUCUCACUACCAUGAUUAACUCGAUUCAGAGCAAUAUAACGGACAAUGAACUGCCGCUGUGGGGUGACUGUGAGGGGAAUCAAACAGUCUGUCCAAAUGUGUUUGCUUCUGAAAGUAUCAGUUUGGCGUGCAAGUAUGCAUACAGGAAUGCUACACCAGGAAGCACCCUGACCGAUGAUUACUUCCUUUCUCGGCUACCUAUUGUGGAGGAACGGGUUGCCCAAGCUGGUGUCUGUUUGGCUGCUACCCUCAACCGCGUCUUUGCUUCCAAAGUACAAAUUGCUGAGUCACGAAGAUGAAGCCCAUCAUGGGAUAAGAAAGGAAGCGACCGUGAGAUUGUUUAUUAGAUGACAGAUUAGACAAGUUGUAGUUUAGAUUUCCCAAACAAGCAAACGUAUGCAGUAUGAUCUGUAGGUGCAUCAUUAUUGGGCGCCCCUCAUGUGUUAGGCAGGCUAAUUAGUGAGUCCUUAGCUACUAUCUGUUGACUUUUCUCAAAAUCUCACUUGGAAUGAAAGAUUCCUGUACAAUAUGCUCUGUUCUGUUGUAUUGCUUAGGAUGAAUGUCAAACUUUAAGGACACUCAAAAUAAGGGGAAGUUGAAUCUUGUACUCAAUGGUUACCUAUUUAUCCUUAUUAAUAGGACACAUUGACUCUGUCAUCUCAAGACUAUUGUUGUACCCUUAUUAUAUAUAACUGCACAUAUGUAACCCGUUUGCCUGAUUUCUUCUUCUUGCAUCUUCUUAGUUAUUCUGUGGCAGGGCAGCAUUUGGACACCUGGUGGCUUGAGAAAGGACAGAAAAUUCCCUUGAAGAGAAAUGCGGUCAUUUGGUUUACUUCUGUUUGUAGCUCUGGCCAUCGUCUUGGUCCCUGGAGCUGUGAGUUGGAGCAAGGAAGGUCACAUGAUAACAUGUCGAAUUGCACAGAAUCUUUUGAAGCCGGAGGCAGCACACGCCGUGAAACAACUUUUGCCGGAAAAUGUGAACGGAGACUUGUCAGCGCUUUGCGUCUGGCCGGACCAAAUCCGGCAUUGGUAUAAAUACAGGUGGACCAGCCCACUUCACUUCAUCGACACCCCUGAUGAUGCCUGCACCUUCGACCACUCAAGGAUUUGCACUUUAGGGGACUGCGUUAAGGAUCGUUGCGUGGCGGGUGCCAUUCAGAACUUCACAUCUCAGCUCUCACACUACAAAGAAGGCAGCACGGAUCGACGAUAUAACUUGACGGAAGCGUUGCUCUUCUUGUCGCACUUCAUGGGCGACAUCCACCAGCCGCUGCACGUAGGCUUCACUUCUGACGAAGGCGGCAACACUAUCGACCUGCGCUGGUUCCGCCAUAAAUCCAAUCUUCACCAUGUAUGGGACAGGGAGAUCAUCCUGCAAGCGCUCAAGGAUUACUACGAUAAAGAUGUCGACCUCCUCCAGCAAGCAAUCGAAGGAAACUUCACUGACGGUUUAUGGCAUGAUGAUCUGCUGUCGUGGAGAGAUUGCGACGAUCUUUUGGAAUGUCCCAACAAAUAUGCAGUGGAGAGCAUAACCAUAGCUUGCAAAUGGGGCUACAAAGGCGUCAAGGAAGGUCAAACUCUAUCAGAUGAGUACUUCGAGUCCAGAAUGCCGAUCGUGAUGAGACGCAUCGCUCAAGGCGGAGUUCGGUUGGCUAUGUAUCUGAAUGCCCUUUUUGCGGACCCUGACAACGAGCAAGCAGCUGCUAUCUUCGCUUCCCCGACAUAAAGAAGAAGAAUUGUAUUCGCAUGAAAAAAUGAAUUAAUCUAACCUAUAAGAAGUGAAAGAAGUGACUGUUGCAUUAGGGGAACAAAGUUUGUACCUAUAAAGUGGUUGACUAAGUUUGAGAUGUUAUUUACUGAAUUGUUAAUGUUUUG